AUGGAUAGGUUGAGUGAGUACUUUAGGAAAUUUACAAGUUUUGGAGUUUCUGUAUUAUGCAAAGAUGACGGUCCUAGCUCCAUCGGCAUGCAUUACGAAAAGUCCUUCAUCUGUGGAUCGUUUUGGUCAAUCUGCGGACUAAAAAUCCUCUCUGGUGAGAAUAUACCAGACGAGUGUCUGGCAAAGAUACUGGCAAAACUCAAAAGGUGUCUCACAGUCGUUAAUUCUCGAUCAAAAAGUACAGAAAUUUCCACCGCCAAGGGUUUUAGACAGUAUGAUAAUGAGGAAUUUUAUACUGCAAAUAUACAAAGCACACUUUAUGCAGUACAAAUUUAUCAUCUACUUGAAAAGACUGGAACUGACGAAAAUGAAAUGAUAAGGGACCUUAUCAUCCAAGAUUCCGACCUUGAAUCCAUCUUAAUGUUCAUAAAACUGCUAUGGAAUGACAAGGCUGGCUUCUUUUACAACUCUCUAAACUACAAGAGCAGCCACGAUUUGAGACACACGAUGUCGUCGUUGUGCACAUUUGUGCUAACAAACGAACUUUUGAGGAUAGAGAGAAAUGAAAUUUUGGAAAAAAUGCAAGAGUUUGUAAAUUUUGACCUGUUUUUCAAGUUUAUAAAGAGCCAUUUCAACCAAGAUGGAGGUGUGUCACUCGUACCAGGGGGUCAGAGCCACGCAGCUGCCGCUUUUUGUUUAAUAGGAAUAUUUAUUCUGAUUGACAGACUGCACAAGAUAUCAAAAAUCAGGAUCCAACUACUGGUAACAUGGCUAUUGGGGCGUAUUUCAGUUUCGGGAGGAGUGAGCGGAAGAGUAGGAAAAUCCAAUGACAUUUGCUAUAUUUGGUGGUCAUUGGCGACAUUAAUGCUAAUACAGAAGAAUUAUCGCAAGAAAAUUGUCAUUUUUAGGGAUGAUUCUGUGCCUUUGCAGAUUUAUAAUUUCAUUUUAAACUCGCAAAAUAAAGAUGGCGGAUUUUCAUCCAAUACUUCAUGCAGUAAAUCAGAUCCAUAUCAUUCAUUUACUGCACUUUUGGCCCUGUGCUUAAUUGAUGAAUUUGUCGACGGGGCCAAAUUCUCAAGAAUUGAUCCCUUGUUUGCACUACCGGCAUAA